AUGGAUGACUUGAAGAUGGAGAGAGAAAACAGUGCGAAUUUCUUUGAUAUCGUCAAAUUGACGAAAGAAAGAGCAAAUGAGAAGAAGAAUGAAGAAUUUACGCAUAAAAUCGACAGAAAAUUCAAAGCUCAAAGUCCGAAAGGAUUCCAGUACUUUAGAAAAGCUCUUGGGAUAUCGGAUGAGGAGUACAUUUCGAAAAUUGCAAAGGGGAAGCUGAAAGUAAUGGGCAAUCCGGCAAAAUCAGGCGCUCUCAUGUGGACGACAUCGGACAAUUCGUACGUUUUCAAGACGGUUUCAAAGGCACAGUCGAAGUUUUUGAAGCAGAUGCUGCUUGGUUACUACAUGACGUUGCACCAACAUCCGAAUACGUUUUUGACGAAGUUUUAUGGGCUUUAUACUCUUCGAAUGAGAAAACGAUCGAUCAGAAUCGUCGUGAUGCGCAACUUCUUUCCUCAUGGAAUCGAGCUCACCCACAAAUUCGACUUGAAAGGCUCUACCAUCUCCCGAGAAGCAGGAGAAAAAGAAAAGAAAAAAGCUCAACCAACAUAUCGAGAUCUCGAUUUUGAUGAAAUCUUUGGAUCGCUGCAUCUGGAGCCAGAAUAUUACAACGAAAUCGAGAAGAGUAUCAAGUUUGAUUCGACCGUUCUCGAUGCUUAUAAUAUUUUCGACUAUUCGUUGUUACUCGGAGUUGUCAAGCCAAAAAAUGAAAGAAUAAUUCAAGAUUUGCAAAGAAAAAUGUCUCGAGAAAACUUCCUCGACAUGGUUUUCGAGGGCGGAAUUCCAGCUCGAGACAAAACCGGCGCCCGGUGCUACCUGUACAUUGGAAUUGUAGAUAUGCUUCAAGAAUACGACCUCCCGCACAAACUUCAAUACAUUUGGAAAGCAGUAAAACACAGACCUCAAAAUCUUCAUAAAGUUUCUGUCCAGCCGCCUGGCAAAUACAAACAUCGAUUUGAUGCCUACAUGCUCAACAGCGUUUUCCAACCAAAGACCUCAGAAGAAGAUAAAAAAGAAGAAGAAACAGAAAUGAAAUCGCCAGUGAAAAACUGGCAACGCGCACUAAGCCUUGCUAUGAAAAUCGACUCGCAAAAAGAAGAGCUUUAG